CCGUGCUGCGUAGUGCUGGGUGGGUGGACACGUGACUUCCGUACACAGCUUCGUCAGUGUCCUGGCCUCCUCUCUUAUCGUGACUGUUCGGGACGAUGGCUGGUGUUGGACGGUUGUUUUGCUCGGCGUGGAGCAGAUGUGCGGUGCCAGAGAUCCGAGUUCCCUGCGCCUCCUAUCACAAGAAGGUUGUUGACCACUAUGAGAAUCCACGGAAUGUCGGAUCCUUGGACAAGGAUGCAAAGAAUGUUGGAACGGGCUUAGUGGGUGCUCCAGCAUGUGGAGAUGUAAUGAAACUACAGAUUGAAGUAGAUAACAAUGGAAAAAUUGUUGACGCUAGGUUCAAAACAUUUGGAUGUGGUUCUGCAAUUGCCUCCAGCUCUCUGGCUACUGAAUGGGUGAAGGGCAAAACGGUUGAUGAAGCAAUGACCAUCAAGAACACAGAUAUUGCCAAAGAGCUCUGCCUUCCUCCAGUGAAGUUGCACUGUUCUAUGCUAGCAGAGGAUGCAAUUAGAGCUGCAUUGGCGGACUACAGACUAAAACAAGACAAGGAGAAAGCAGCAGCCAGUGGCUAGUGCCUAUUUUGUCAUCCAACUAUCCUGAGACUUUAUGCUGUUCUCAUAGGAUAUAGGGCAAGCCUUUACCAUUAAAACAGCAGACUUAAUACGCACAAUUCAGCAGCUUGUCUAACUAUGUAAAUGUUUUCUGUGUUACUUCUGUCCGUUUGCAUAAUGCGCUUUUAGAACAAGAAAAAGCGUAAAAGGUCAUGAUGCUGACAGUGUACUGAUUCUGUUCAAAAACAGUGGUAUACAAUCUGUGUAAAAUGCUGCAAGUACUUGUGAAUACAUUUGUGCAUCUUAAGACAGGUCCACCUCACCCCUUUUCCCUGUUGUAAUUAAGUUUUUAUGUUACAAGUUAAGCCACAUUGAACAAGUGUUAGUGUUUUGUGCUCAUGGGGUGUACAUGGUGAUAUUGGUGUGUGAGAGACUAUUCAGUUGUGUUUUUUUUCCCAGAAGUUACAAAAGACUAAUACAGAAGUAGUGCUACAGAAAGUGAUGAUAAUCUAUAGCGCAAGUUGCAGACCUAUAUCCAAAGGUCUGAAAGGCUUAAGAUUUUUUAAUAAAGUAAUUUACAAUUAUGUUUAACUUUCUGGCACCAGUUGAUUUGAAAACAUGUUUUCCACCUGAGUUCCCCUUUAAAAGUUCGAACAAUUUCGAACUUUCCUCACCAUUGUGCUAAUGAAGUCACAUGGACACUAAGCAUGUAUAGUUUUCAGAGUGUAUAUGCUGAGCAGAAAACAAAAACUUGAUGUGAACAUAGCCCAACAUUUUCAUGUAUGCCUGAUCAUUUACUUUAACAGAUAAUUUGCUUCCAUUUAAAAUAAUUGCCCUUACCUGCCUUGGGUUUAAAAUGUGUACACAAGUAUUGUGGGUGUGUUUUGGGUGUUUUUUUUUUGUUUUGUUUUUGAUUAUCAUUUUUGAAACCUAUAUGAACUAAGCUGUUGAUCCGAAGUGAAAACUGAUUUAAUUUUUCUUGCAGAGGAAAAGGGGGUUUUAGUACAAGCUUCAUAGUUUUUAUAUGUAGUGUAUAGUGUAAGCAAGGAAACUAUCACCUGCCUUUUUCUUCCUGUAUAUAUUUCAUAUUAAAAUAAAAAGUAUAAAAUCA